AUGCUACCUAAAUGUAAAACUCUUUCUACUCCUCCACAUAUUACUGAUGAUGAAUAUUAUAAAGAACUUUCACUACCAAAAACACAAGCUAAAAAAGCUAGAAGAUUAGAUAGAAAAAGAAAAACUAUUACUAAAUAUGAAAUACGAGAAUUAGAUAAAAUUCAGUAUAAAAAUUAUAGAACAACAAAUUUGAUUCAACAAGCAAAUAGAUAUAGAAAUAUUGCAAAAUAUAGUUUGAAUGAUUUUAAUUUUGAAUUAGAAGAUAGCUUUGAUCUUUCUAUUUGGCAACAUAAACUUAGUAAUUUAAAUAUUAGAUAUAAUUAUUGUCAAGCUUUAAAGUGGAAAAAUGAAUCACCAGGGUUUUGCUGCCUUAAUGGUAAAAUUAAAUUAGCAUUAUUUGAACCACCUCUACUAGCUAUAUCACAGUUAUUAACUAGAUUUGAUAUUACUACUAGCAUAACUACAAAUCGUAGCAUAUUUGAAGUAAACAAAUCUUAUAUUUUUAGAAUUCAAGAAGCUUUAUAUUAUAAUAUAGGUUCUUUAAUAUCACCAACUGAACUUGAUCAUAUUAAUCCUUUUGUUCAAAUAUUUCAAAGUGCUAGACGGCAGGCUACAAGAAAUCCUGCUUUAAAAUUAAAAAUUUCUAAUAUAUCUUCUCAAGUUAUGAGAAAUUAUAAUUUACUAGUUGUUUCUGAAAUUGCUGCUAUAAUUACUGAUGAUGAUACAAUUGAUUUUGGUAGAGAUAUUAUUCUUACUACACAACAGG